AUGAUGUCCGUAGGGUCGACAUCGCCAGGAGAGGACGGCGCUGACGACACAUCUGAUGCGUUGGACAUGUUGGACAGUGAUCUGCCAGGCAUGCCUGGGCGACGUGCGGCCAUGGACGACAAGUACGACGACGGCUUCAACGUACGACCGAAGCUCGCCAUUUCCCCUGGCUUAGCACCUUGGAACGGAAAGACUGAAGCCGCGCGGUGUCUGCCAAGAGCCGCCAGAUACGAUCCAGGGGUGUAG